ACAAAAGCAGCUGCCUAGUUGGCCAGUGCCAGCCAGUGCAGCACACUGCUAUUUACCUUCGCAACGCCCGACACCCUCCGUGUUCUUUCGGGCUUGUGGUUGUCUGUCUUCAAUCCACUUUAAUCACGUCUCGGAUUUUUAACAAUGUGUCACGACGCCAUGUACACAAAAACAAGAUGAAACAUCGAUUGAUUUGAAUGCGGUAAUGUAAAAAGAGUACCAACGAUAUGUUUAAAGAUGGUGAAUCUAUGUGAUGUUUAUACAAAAAUAUAUCUACCAAAAGAUAUUCAAGCAUCUUCCUGAGCGGACAUUAAUUCAUCAAUCGGAGCGUGUUCACAGUGGACGAUGGAAAGUACAUCCCCAGUCAAUAUUGAAUGGUUGGAAAACAAACUGACUGUGUCAAACAAGAUAAAAUCUUUAACGAAUAAGAUUGAACCUCAUUUCGUGUCUGUGAAAGAAGAGGUAAAUUUAUUUGAAGAAAAUUCAUAUUCAAAGCAUUCUGGGCCACGAGCUAAUUUACUUGAAUGCUUGAAAAAGCAUAAAAUUAAUCAAAACACUUUCGCUCUACCGCCAAUACAGAACCAGAACCAAAUUACUGCUACCAAUUCGAGCUUUAAGACAAUGAGUCAGGUUCAUGAAAUUGUGCCAAAUGAUAGGCAAGAAGAUAAUGAAAGGAUAGAUUCUCGAUGUCAAGUUGACAUCAUUGACAUGAGGAGUGAUCAAGUUUUAGACUACAAAUUUAUUCUUGUUUAUGAAGAUCAGGCAUCCAAAUUUGUUAUACUUCGCCCAUUAAGAAGCAAAGAUAUGAAUGCCGUGGUAACAGAAUUGUUUGAUAUCUUAACAAUCAUUGGACCACCUCGAGUUUUACAGAGUGGAAACGGAAGAGAGUUUGCUAGUGAAAUCGUUCAUGAGUUGAGGUCGUUGUGGACGGACCUAUUAAUGGUACAUGGUAAUGUUCAGAUGUCUACCACUAGUACUAAACGAGAUUUUACCAAACUUUUAAAAACCUGGCUUGUACAAAAUCCUGGUAAAACAUGGCACGAUGGGUUGAAGUUUGUUCAAAUAAAUGAAAAUACAACAUUGCAUUGUGAGUCUGAUAAAACUCCUCACGAAUUGUUAUUUCUCAACAAUCGUAAUGGUGCCUUUAAUGUUUCCAUUGGUACAAACCACACUAUGCAAACAAUAUGGUGCGAAGAAGAUUGGCACAAAGUAAUGGAUGAUCAAAAGCGGAGUACAGUAAAUAAUGAUCAUGCAAAAUUACUUGGAGAUCAUUCUAGCCGAAGACACACGAGCCACUGCUUGGUUGUUGAAAACGAUGAAAAUUUUCUCGCAAAGGAUGAUAGCAACGAUCAAAGUAGCAAUACAAUUGAAAAGAGAACCAGACGAUCCUUUGCCAAUUCUGAUAACUCCAGUGGAUUUAAAUUUGUAAAUGUUAAAAAUGGGAGCCCGUUGCACGUUACACAAUUAGAUGACUCACAAUCAGAAACAGAAGCAAGCGUAACUUGUCAUACUAAAUCAAAACAGCGUGAUAAAUAUCAGUUAAAAUGUAAAAUAUGCCAAAAACGAUACAUGAAGUUGGGCCAUCUGAAGAAUCAUAUGAGAUCACAUACAAAAGCAAGUGAUUACGAAUGUACAAUUUGUUGCAAAAAAUAUCGCCUCCUAACGGUUUACGAAAAGCAUAUGCGGCGUUUCCACAAUUCAGAUGAAACUUCAUCAAGCGUCACAGAUGCUGGAGCGAAAGAUCUUGGUAGUGGUACAGAAGAAAAUUUUUACCCAAAAAAAAAACUUCAGGUUGAGGAAACACGUGACAAUACUGCGUCACACGAUCAUAGUAAAGAAGCAAAUAAAGUUGGAAAACGAUCGAGUCGGUCAGUUGGUAAGAAAUUAUCAAAGGAGGUUAGAUCUACCAGGUUGAAUGGCUCACCGUUAUUAGAAUGCAGCUAUUGCCAGCAGAAGUUUGACUUUCCGAGUGUUUUGAAAAGGCAUGUGAGAUCGCAUACUAAUGAACGCCCAUAUGUCUGCAAAGUUUGCAAUAAGAGUUUUAAACAAUUGGGACACCUCAGCCAGCACUCACUGACUCAUACAGAUUAUCGUUCCUUCCAGUGCGCGACAUGUAAUAUAAAAUUUGAAUCAUUGGACAGUUUGAAGAUCCACACGCAAUCGCAUCGAGGUGAUUCCCUGUUGUACAGGCCUAAAGAAGUAUAUCGAUUGUUUGAAUGCGAUAAUUGCAAAAAAGUAUUCACAACCAAAAGCGUUCUGGAGAGGCAUAUAUUUACACAUACUCAUGAACGACAGUUCGGCUGUAAAGUGUGCGGAAAAAGGUUUAAGCAGGCUGGCCACGUUAAGUCACAUAUGUUGGUACAUACAGGGGAGCGAAAGUUCGAGUGUACGGUUUGCUCAAAGAGAUUUAGCCUUUCGAACUCCCUCAAAAAACAUAUGUACAUUCACAAUGGUGAGAAGCCCUAUCAGUGCGACGUUUGUGGUGCUCGUUUUCUGGAAAAACGAAAUUUGAAUGGUCACUUAAUGACUCAUACAAAUGAACGACCCUUUUCCUGCAACAUUUGUGGCAAGAGAUAUACCCUUGCAGACACUCUCAGGCGUCACAUAAGCGCGGCUCACGAGGAUGGGAGGACAUACCAGUGCGAGAUCUGUGCUAAAAUGUUUAAACAGUUGGCGCAUUUGUAUGUACAUAAAAAGGUUCAUACAGAUGAACGGCCUUAUCAAUGUCACCUGUGUGAAAAAAAUUUUAAGCAUAAGAAUGUUUUAAAAUCACACUUGGCGAUACAUGCGAACUUGCGACCCUUUGAAUGCGAUGUUUGUAAGGCCACAUUUGUAAGGAAAACUAAUCUCCAAACUCACAUAGCUUCUGCACACAUGAACGAGCGGCCAUAUGUGUGCACAAUUUGUAACAAACGAUUUAAACAAGUCAGCCACUUGAACGGUCACGUUGUUGUUCAUAGUAAUUCCAUGCCUUACCAGUGUGACUUUUGUGAUCGACGUUGCAACAGGUUGGAUAACUUGAAAAAGCAUAUGCGUCUACACACUAAAACUAAAGAAUAA